ACACUGGUAAAGGAAUUCAACGGAUUUGCUGCAGCUGUUCCAAUCUGUGAUGACAGUGGUGUGCACAGGGAGAGGGACUAAAGCCAAGUCAAGGAGACAAAUGCUGUAAGAGGCUUGAUAUGUGUGAGUUGUCCUGAUGUGUAGGUGGAUCGCUAAGCAGUCGGGGGUUAUAUUCUCAGACAACCAGGCAGGCAGCCCCUCAGCAAAGCUCAAUCAGUGAGAGACUAUCCUUCGAUCUGGCAAGCAGUCAGCAAUCUUACCCCCUUGCUCCCCUAAAGGCAACUAGAGCCCUGAACAGCAGCAGUCAUUACACGCUCACGCACCCUGUGCACCCCGCAAUGCUGAUCAACACUGCACCACACGUGGCUUGCAGCUCAGCUCUAUAAUCACUAUCCUUUUAUCUACCCCCCCCCCUCUUCACUCUCUCCCUCCUCUUCUGUCUCUCUCAUCUCUCUCACACUCACUCUCACACUGUCACAACAUUCCGAUGUACACGCACCGCUCUCGUCAACAGCCUUGCAGCAUCCUGCCUGCUUCGUAAUCUACAUUGACAAGUCGCAGGGUCGCAGGCCCAUGACAAACUAGCAAAGUUGGGGAGGAAGUGUCCUGGUUGAGUAUAUGACACUCUUUGCCUGUGCAUGCAUUGAAUCAGUUGCUUCCUUGCUGCUCGUCGACACAUGUUCAGUUCGUGUGAUCAUUGGCAGGGGCUGCUAAUUAGGACACUCAUUAUUCUCAUCUGGCUUUGAUGAGCUCUUCUGCUUUCUCUUUCCUCACUACUACACUACAGCUGAAUAGUAUGGUCAUUUUGCACAAUCUGAGUAAAAGCACAUCUUGUCUAGAUUUACACCUUCGACUUGAUAGCCUUUCAAUUGAAGACUUCAUAAGCUUCACCUGAGCUGAAACACACUGCUAAACUUGGAGAAAAAUUGGACAUGUAUUAUUUAGUUUGGACAUGUAGAUCUGAACAUAGAACUUCAGGUUUCAUCUGGAAAUGUAGGGUUUUGAACUUGUGUUGAAAUAAUAUUGAUUCUCCAGUACUUGAUUUUGUAGCUGGAUACCCGAGGCCGUAAUAAAACUGAAAUACUGCAAUAUCUACCAACCGAGGAUUUAUUUACGGAAUAUCAAAUUAGUCACUUUCCAGUCUCACUUUCUAGUGAUCAGUCAGAAGAGGACUUUGUUCAUUCAUGUUUGAUAGUAUUUCUAAGCAAGAUAAGUUUAUAUUAUUAUACACUGUCAAGCCUGUCCGCUGAUUGACAGUCUAAUGUGAAUUGAAGAGCUUUGAUUAUUGAUAGACAUUAUUUUGUUUGAAACAUUGGAAAAAUAAUUUGGAUGAAAUCAAGAGUGAUUUGAUGGUCAACAUGAAAACAACAAGCCCAAUAAGUCCUACCAAGGUCAAGGUGAAAACUGAAAGGGAUUUGGACACCAGUCCUCCAUCUGCUGCCCCUGUCCCGGUGCCCCCUCCUGCUGUAGCACCAUCCUCCUUCCCCCAUCUUCCUCACACCCAUGCAGCAGGAACCAACAACGAGAGGAGAUCCUCCCCUCCCUCCUCCGGUCAGGAACAUAAGCCCAUCACACUCUCAAAGCUAAUGAGAGCUCGUGCUCAAAGGAAUGAAUUCUACUGUAAAGGUACGGGAGUCUUUAGCUUUGAUCUGGAGUUGCAUCGUCAGUCAAUUGGAGCUCAGAAGGAAGAGAACUUGAGGAAAUGCCAUGGUGAGAUUUUGAUCAUUUUAACAGUUUAAUGAGAAAGCAUCAGUUGAUUGUAGUAAGAUAAAACUAGU